GUGCUAACAUUGAGUGAGGAGAGCAACGUCCUUCAUCGCGAGAUAAAAGACGAUUUUAAACGGUUUACAGAAUCAUACGCGUUGGCAAACGAGAGUCUGCACCGAAUUGAAGGAGCCAUGGAGGCCCUCAAGAAAGAGAAGUUGCAAAUGUUGCAGGAUGAAAAAAUUUGAAAACUCUCUGAUUUGAAAACUCUCUAAACUCUCUGAUUUUAAAACUCUCUGAAAUUCUCAAUUACAUUGAUAAAAAAAAAAAAAAAUUUUUUUUUCUUUCUUUUUUACGAUAGUCUUAUAAAUGCAAGUCGGUAGGUCCUCACAUCACAUUAAACUUGUAACGAUUUGAUUCUGAUCCAUGAGUCCUGUUAAGCCUUCAACAAUGUGGUUCAAGUUGCAUUUGGAUUCCAGCGAUUCUCUUUCUCUAUCUGGAGUUGUGGGAAAGGAUGGAUGUAUCUAUUGGCGUCUGGUCGAAGUGGGUGUACUAUGUAAAAUGAAUAGACCCUAUAGAUUGCACAAAAUCCGAUGCAUUGUACGUAAUAUUGUUAAGGGUGAAGACGUUUUACCCGAGGUAUCUUUAUACCAUUCUAUUCUAAAGAGAUGCAAGUUGGUUAAUACAGACACUGUGAUUAUCAUUUUGAAAUGGUGGAAGCGAGAGAUGCUUGACAAGUUUUUGUUCGCGAUACAGGAA